GUUUUAAUUCCAUUUGAUUUGUAAAAAACAAUCGUAUCAUAUUAUUACAAUACAUUAAAGCUAGUGUUUUACAUGUAACAUGGAGUGUAUGAAAGAAGACCCAGAUCUCGGAAUGGUAUCAGAAGCAGAAUCCAAUAGCACAAUAAUCAACUCCCUAAAUGCGGACUGCUGGCGUCUCAUCCUGGACUACUUGUCAGUUCAGGAGCUACUGCAGACGGAACGGACCUGCAAAGACUGGCAGAAGCUAGUGCUUGAUCACAUAUCACAUCGCCGAAUUAUGAUUCAAGACAAAGAAUGUGACGAAAAUACUUUGAUAUUAAGAAAAUCGAGUGACGUCUGGGCUUCCUUCAAAUGUUGGCUCCAAAAACGUGGACGUUCAGUCCAGAAAUUGGAUGCCGACUGCGAAUAUUUCGAGGAUGUUGUGGAGGUUCUCAGGGACUCCUGCCCUAACUUGGAAGUCCUUAAGCUGAGCAAUAUAAAAGAGAAGCUGUCGCCAACCAACACGCUCCACUUCCAGAAACUGACGCGGCUCGCGUUCCGCGGCUGUCAUUGGCUGGACUGCUUCUAUUCGGACAGCAUUAUAGACCGCAUCGCAGCGGCGCGGCGCGACAUGCGCGCGAACUUGCUCGAGAGCAAGUACUCCAACAACAAGGACAACAAUCUACGCUUUAGGCUGCAGUUGGUCCUUCCUGGCGAGUGUGUGUUGGAUGAACAACCCGACGAUGAUAUCAGGGAAGUAAUCGAAGUAAAAUACAGAUACGAAGAACCAGACAGCGAAUUUGAAUAUGACUACGGCGAAGUUGAUUCUGACGACGUCGAAGAUGAAUAA